AUGGUCAAAGCCGGUACCUCGCCGGCUGCAAGACACCCUGAUGGCCUUCCGCUACACUGCACGCGCAUCAACGCGCUACAGAAGCUUGGAUUGAAGCCUAGGGCCCUUGAGGAGAUCAGAUAUGCUAACGCAAACGCUAUAGUCGCCGUCCUCCGUGGAGACUCGAACGUCAAGGGAACCGUCACCUUUGAGCAGGCCGACGAGUCCGCCCCUACUACCAUCUCAUGGAACAUCACUGGCCACGACGCCAAUGCUGAGCGUGGCAUGCACGUUCACGCUUUCGGCGACAACACGAACGGUUGCACGUCUGCUGGUCCUCACUUCAACCCCCACAACAAGACGCACGGCGCGCCCGAAGACGACGAGCGCCACGUCGGUGACUUGGGUAACUUCAAGACCGAUGGCCAGGGCAACGCUCAGGGCAGCACCACGGACAAGCUGAUCAAGUUGAUUGGCGCCGAGAGCGUCGUUGGCCGCACCAUUGUCGUUCACGCUGGAACUGACGACCUCGGCAAGGGUGGACACGAGGAGUCAAAGAAGACUGGUAACGCUGGUCCUCGUCCUGCUUGCGGUGUUAUUGGCAUCUCCAACUAG